CCUCUGGCCGGGAGUUUCUCCAUUGCCUCUCCGACAUUGAUAUGAAAUUGAAUUUAAGUGCUUUAGUCAAAUUGCGCUCCCUAUUUUCAGCCACCCAAAGGUUCAAUCUGUCCUUGUUUAGUGCUUUUGCGAUUGAAACAGUCAUUUUGAACCCUAGAUCCUAUGCUACAGCAGCUUUGCCAGUGGUUGAAACUUAUGGUGAAAAGGUUAAAACUGUUGGUAUUCAAAAGAAACCAUUAGAUCCUGCUGAUGUUUUAAGGAGCUGGGGUUGUAGUGAAAAUGAUGUGUCCACUAUUUUUCUCCGCCGGCCAUCCUUGCGUAAAAUGGAUGUAAACAACCUUCAAUCCAAGCUUCACACACUCAGUGGUUUGGGUAUCUCCUCAUCUGACCUGGCAAAGAUUAUUUAUUGUCGUCCCCGCUUUCUCAAUUGUCGACUCAAUAAAAACUUGGAUGAACGCAUCGAGUAUCUUCAAGCACUGUUUGGUUCUAGGGAAGUUCUGCUCAAGGCUAUACUCCGCAAUCCAUCACUGCUCACGUAUGACCUUCAUAAUAGUAUAAAACCUGUUAUUGCCAGGUUCGAGAAUGUUGGUCUUAGCAGAAAGGACUUGAUCCCUAUGCUCAUCUCUCGGCCCACAUUGAUCCCCCGGUGUGCUCUGAAUGAUGAAAAGAUGGACUACAUACGUCGAACUGGGGUCUCAAAGGUUUCAAGGAUGUAUAAGUAUGUGGUUACUCUCUUUUCCAUCUCUCGUCUUGAGACAAUCCAUGAAAAGAUGGCGAAUUUGGAGAAAUUUGGUUUUUCUGAAGAUGAGAUACUGAAAUUAUUUGGACGCUCUCCUCUUUUAUUAACACUUUCUGUUGAUAAAGUUCAGAGAAACAUGACUUUUAUUUUGGGCACUAUGAAGCUCUCUGCCAGCAGUGUAUUACGUAAUCCAUGUCUCCUGUACUUCAAUUUGGAGACCUUGUUGAGACCACGUUAUCUUCUUGCAGAGAAGAUUGAUGAUAUGGGUCUUGUUCCUCAAGUCAGGGGGCCUUCUAUGGUAAGAGCUUUGAGGAUGACUGAGAAGCGAUUUAUCAAGGCAUUCAUGAGUUGUCACCCGGAGGCUGUGGCCAAGGAAUUGAUGUCAUUCUAUACUAGUGCAAAAGGUAUUAAGAGAUUAGCUGAAUCCUCAAAAAGAAGCGUCCAAAAAGGAUUUCCCUUCUAAGUCUUUUGUCAACUCAGUACUGAUAAAUUCUAGCUUCUUCACUCUUGCCCUGCCCCUAGAUUUUGUCAUUGUUUCAAACCUUAAGUUUAGUUCUUACAAACAGGACAUUCUCUGUAUGAAAGGAGCUUGUCUCAUUUUUGUUACUUUUCUAUACAUAAUGCAUUGAUACUGGAUAUUCCUCGUCAUCAAGAAAGGAACCAUGGGAAAAAUGGGUCAAACAUAUAAGUAUUUACAUUCCCAUCUGGUCAAAAAGCGAGACUUUUCUGCUGCCAUUAGAGUGGUGCACAGAAGCCAGAAGUGCAUGUUCAGUGGUAUGCAGUUGUCAUUGUGCAUUGCCUCUGCUUCUGUUUUUCUUUUUUUUUUUUUCCUUCCCCUGUAACGUUUUAUUUGACUUUGAAUCUAUGUAUUCUGUGCGUUACUGAACCACUUACAAUCUGCAUGGACAAAAUUUGUACACUUUACGAGGUUUGCU